GCAAAACAAUCUGUUGUCGCCAAAUAGGAAAGGCACCAUUUCUCAAGUAUAAUGUCAGGACACUGUUGCACUACACGUCACUGAGAAAUAGCAACCCUCUUUUGACUUCCAGGUCUCGUUCUUCAACUCUCUACGCUCCCUUGUUCUCAUCGAUUUGCUUCGAUAUCUUAAUCGUAGGUGGGUGAGGAUAUAUCUAAUCAUCGAAGGUAAAGAAGGGGCAUUGGCAGCAGAGGGAAGACUACUUUUCAAUCGUAGAGUAACCCCCCCCGCAUCUUAUCACAUUCUUUUCAUUUUCCUUCAUCUUGUUACACAAUGACAAAACGUUUACGAGACGAAGAGUUUGAUGGUCCUUCUUCUCCAGAUUCAGAGAUUAUAGAGACUCCCAAUCCACCCGACAUACAGAAACCCCAAGCUACAUCAAAUUCCACACCUCAAGCCUCCUCCAAAUUUGUUCACCUUGGUGAGGAGACCGGGGAAGCUCUCACAGUGAUGCGGUGCUCUUUGCCAGGUCAUCAGCGAACAUUAUCCUUCCUUUCAUUCGAUGACUAUGAAGUACACUAUAAAAAGUCUCACAUGAACAGAUGUUUGGAAUGUCGCAAGAAUCUUCCUUCGGAACAUUUCCUCAACCUUCAUAUUGAGGAAAAUCAUGAUGCAUUGGUCAGUGUUAGGAAGGACCGAGGAGAAAAGAUUUAUUCCUGUUUUGUUGAAGACUGUGAUAGGAAAUGCUCAACCCCUCAGAAGAGACGCAUGCAUCUUAUCGAUAAACAUAUGUUCCCUCAGCAGUAUGACUUCUUCGUUGUGAAUGAUGGUAUUGAUCAUAAAAGCUCCAUGCUUAGAUCAGGGCGCCAUGGACAUCGAAGGCAUAGCUCGGCAGCGAAACCGAAAGUUGAGGAAGUCAGGCAACGUGCCGCCACUACUGAGCCAUCUUUGAACAAUCAAGGCAUCGACCAAGAAUUUACUAGUCGACCCGGUGUCCCCCCAGCGCAGGCAGAAGAUGAUGCCAUGGAAGUAUCUGAGACGGCUGCAUCAGUUCCUGAACCAGAAGACGAUCAGAUGAAAGGUUUAGAAACAGCCAUGUCGUCACUGAGAUUUGUUCCGAGUAGUGUAAGAUUCGGCAGGGGACGGGGAAGGGGAAGGGGAUUCAGCAAAGCCUGAUGUGAUAUGGAUUUACGAUUUUAUGAUGUUAUGAGAAUUAAGAAAGUCUAUAGUGGCACGAGCA